GUGGACCAGGGGUAUAAAUGAAACGGUGUAGCUCCCCCGGGGACACAGCGAGAGGAAAGCAAGAGAGAGAGAGAGACAGGAGAGGGUAGCGACGGAGGCGGACCCCAACCUGGGAAUUGUUUUCUUGGAACUGAUUGCGUUUUCAUCCAUAUGACAACACACGGCACAAGUAAGAAGAAAACCAACAAAGGAAAUCCAAACACACACCGCAUGGAGUGGGCUGAAAUCAUACUGAAGAACAACUAUCGAAGCACAUCGAGCACAAUGGCUUGCUACCGACAACUGCCUGAAAGUCCGAGAAGGGAAUGGAUUUUAUAUCGCUACCAUGUAGCGAGCUGUUGAUUUUUUUUAAAGAUUGAUCAUUGGAAAACAAUUGAGUCAUGUCGUUUGAAUUCCGAUCAUUGAUGUUCGGAAUUGUGAUAUUACUUGUAAUAUUCUUAAUUAUUGCUGACAUUUCUGAAGUCGAAGAAGAAAUUGGGACUCGGGGAGGCGUGAAGAAACGUUACCCACAGAGCUUCACUCCCAAGUCGAGCAGGGAUGUUGGUAUGGUGGCGGACCCGACUCCGAGAGCCGAAUCAGGGUGCGGCCUUCCCUCUCCUCCCAGGAACAGCUCGGGACAGCUCUCGGACGAGUGGAGCUUUAACAGGACCCUCUCCAGCUCCAUCAGGAAGAACAUCCUGAAGUUCCUGGACGCAGAGAGGGACAUCUCCAUCCUGAAGGGGGCGCUGAAGCCUGGCGAUGUGGUCCACUACGUCUUUGACCGACAGAGCACCACGAACGUGUCGGAGAGCCUGUACCGGCUGCUGCCGGCCGUCUCCCCGAUGAAGGGCCAGCACCACCAGCGGUGCGCCAUCGUGGGAAACUCCGGCAUCCUGCUCAACAGCAGCUGCGGCCGCGAGAUCGACGCCCACGACUUCAUCAUCAGGUGUAACCUGGCACCGGUGGAGGAGUUCGCCCGGGACGUGGGCCGGCGCACCAGCCUGGUGACGAUGAACCCGUCGGUGGUGCAGCGGGCGUUCCAGGACCUGUCGAGCGAGGUGUGGCGGGAGCGCUUCCUGCAGCGGCUGCGGGGGCUGGACGGCAGCGUGCUCUGGAUCCCCGCCUUCAUGGCCAAGGGGGGCGAGGACCGCGUGGAGUGGGCCGUCCGCCUAAUCCUGCAGCACGCCCUCAACGUGCGUGCCGCCGUGCCCUCCCUGCGCCUGCUGCACGCCGUGCGAGGGUACUGGCUGACAAACAAAAUCCUGAUCAAGAGGCCGACGACAGGCCUGCUGAUGUACACCCUGGCCACGCGGUUCUGCGAGGAGAUCCACCUCUAUGGAUUCUGGCCGUUUCCACACGACCUGCAGGGGAACCCUGUCAAGUAUCACUACUACGACACACUGACGUACGAGUACACCUCUCAAGCGGGCCCCCACGCCAUGCCCCUGGAGUUCCGGACCCUGAGGGCACUGCACAGCCAGGGGGCGCUGCGUCUCCAGGCUGGCGCCUGCCGGGCCGCCACGUAA